AUGCCGUUCACCGCUUCAGACAUCUUCAAGAUCAUCCUCGCUAUCCUCCUUCCGCCUCUCGGCGUCUUCCUCGAGCGCGGAUGUGGUGGUGACCUCGUCAUCAACAUCCUCUUGACAAUAUUGGGAUAUAUUCCCGGUAUCAUCCACGCCUUGUACAUUAUCCUAAAGUACUAG